AUGCCGCUGCACGACAUCCUUCGGCAGCGUGCUCAGCCCUUCACGGCAGCCAUUACCUCCAACCGCAUCUUCCUCUACUCCGUCUUCUCCACCUUCGCCGUCGCUGCUACCGUCGCCAAUGCCUGUCGCGAACACAGCAACUUCUAUUCCGUCUCCAUUUUCCUCUCUAACAGCAGUCGCAGUGUCCUGAUCCUUGCCAACUUCGGCUUCAUAUGCUCCAUCCUCUUUGGUCGCAUUCUCCAGAAGCUCUUCUUUGGCACCCUACAGCCCCGUGAGGUCGAGCGUCUCUACGACCAGACAUGGAUGUUUGUCACCGAGUCCCUCCUUGCCUUCACCAUCUUCCGCGACGAGUUCGACAUCCCCUUCCUUCUCAUGUUCGGCUUCCUCCUGUUUGUCAAGUGCUUCCACUGGCUUGUGGCAGACCGCGUCGAAUCUAUGGAUCAAACUAAUUAUCCUGGUCCACCCACCCUCUUCCACAUCCGCAUCAACUCCCUCUUUGCCGUUCUCUGGGCUGUGGAUGCCACCAUGUUUGCCAUUGCAGUCGAGAGCACGCUCAGCCACGGAGUCGGAGGCAUGGUCCUCUUCGCGAGCGAGUACGCGAUCCUUCUCGCGAGCGCUCUCAAUGCAAUACUGCGCUACACGCUGUCCAUCAUCGACUUGCGACGCGCUCGCACACGUGGAGGCGAAAGCGCCCCUCCGUGGGAGAACAAGAGCAUGUACAUCUUCUAUAUCGAACUCCUCACUGAUUUCCUCAAACUGGCAACUUACCUGACGUUCUUCAUGAUCAUCCUCACAUUCUACGGGCUCCCGCUCAACAUCAUCCGUGACGUGUUCAUCACCGCACGCUCGUUCAUCACCCGUCUCCGCGCGCUCAUCCGCUACCACAACGCUACCCGAGACAUGGAUCGGCGCUAUCCCGACGCGACCGAAGCAGAGCUAGCCGUCAUGUCAGAUCGCACCUGCGUCCCAGAACAUCAGCAAGCACAAGCGGCACCGCCCGCAGAUGGGCCCAACAUGACGCCCAAAAAACUGCCCUGCGGACACAUUUUCCACUUCCAAUGCCUUCGCUCAUGGCUUGAACGCCAGCAGAGUUGCCCUACAUGGUUAGUGCCUCAAUCUCCGCCUUUCUCUUUGCUCAUGAUUUAUGACCAGGCGCUGGGUCAAGAUCAAGCCCGCGUGGCGCGCCCUCGUCCCGGUGCUGCACCUGGGGCCGCUGGGCCACCAAUGGGCUGGCUUGGACGCUUCCUCGGAUUGCCGCCUGUUGUGCAGCCGCCCGCGCCUCCACCGCAAUUCGGACCCGGCGCCUUCCCGGCGCCAGGCGCAGGAGCCGGCGCUGCGCUUCCCCAUCCGCAACCGUUCCAACACCAGCAACACCAGCAACAGCACCAGCAUCACCAGCAGCCGCUCGGGUGGGGCGCCCCGCUACCACCCCAUCUCGCCGGGCAAAUCCCCCCUCCGCCGCCGCCGCCGUUUUAUGGGCAGGGUUGGCAACAUCCCCCACCACCCCCGCACGCACCACCCCCAUUCCGUGGGUUCUAUGACCCCGCAUGGUACGCUCAGGCCGCUCAAGCAGCUCAGCACGCCCCUAGGCACCCUACGCACACCCCUACAGCGGUCGAUGAGCGCGGGCCGCCACGCCCAACACCUACAACCGCUGCUGCAGACGAGGCAACCGCGCCCCCGCGCGCCGCGGCAACGCUCGCUGCGCUUCGGAGACGCCAGCUAGGGGCUUCCGCCAGCCCGAACGCAACGGCCGAGCGCGAGAGCAACAUCGUAUUCGUGCCGAAGCGGCGAAGUUCCAGCGAGCGCCCUCCGAUGACCGCGGGCGCCGCCGCUUCUCCCGCGAGCCCCACAUCUCCUCCUGCCCCCUCGCGCCCCCAACUCACGUUGCCCGAGCCGCACGCCCAAGGCCAUCCACCCCUCCCGGCGCUCAUCCCCCUGUACGACCCAAGCCUCGUCCUCCCACCGCGGCCCGCGCCCCCGUACCCGUACACUCAGCGCGCGGCGGACGCAAGUCGCCGCCGCCCGCUUGCAGAGCUCCCCGCAGCACUGACGGACGCCCAGCUCGCGCGGCUCGACGCGCUUACGCGCGAGGCGAUCGACGAGCGGCUGCGCGUACUCGAGGGCGUGUCUGGCGCGGUGUACCGCUGCGUGGAGGAGCUGACAAGGGUCCGGAGCGUGCUCCCGGCCACGCAGGGCACGGCGGCUGUGACCACGGCCCCAGCGGCGUCUUCGAGCGCGGUGGCGGCCGCGGAGUCGUCUUCAGAGUCUGGAGAGAAGGCUAAGGAAAAGGAGAAGGAGAGGGAGUUGCAGAGGGAGGGAGAGGGAGAGGAUGCAGGUCCGAACGUGAGCGCGAGGGACGAGUGGUCCUCCUCGGGUUCGUCGGACGCGGAGCUCGUCGAGGCGGCGGAGUCGAGCUAG